CGGUGGAACACUUUUUGAAGUUGUUGAAGCCGUGUCCCUUGAGGACAGGCGAGAUGGUGCACAAGCUCGUUGUCGCCGGUGGGAAGGUGUUGCCGAGUGACAAAAAGAAGCAGUACCUCCUCAAGAACCACAGACAGUUGCAUGGCAUUGCGGAAGGGACGACUGCGACGGAGACUCAAGACGUGGACUCCGGGCCGUUUGUUUGCGAGGACGAGGAGCCGCAACCACCACCCGCUGCGGGGAUGGCACCGCCAAAAACAGCUUCCCGAACAGCGACGGUCUCCGCUGCAGACGAGGGGCUUGCGGAGGGUUUGGGGUCGAACACGAUGGUGACAUCAUUGCAGCAAACAACAAUCAAGAGAUGUGUGGACGAUGAUGCACAGAAGAAGCUCGAUAUUGCGUGGGCAGAGGCGAUGUUUCGUGCUGGCAUUGCAUUCAACUUCCUGAACUUCGACACAACGCAGAAGCUCCACGAAGUUUCCUUGGAAGUGGCGAAUGCGCGACCGAAGGUAAAGCUGCCCUCGUACAAGCAUAUGAGGACGGUGAUGCUUGACUUCAUCUACUUGCGAAUUCAAAAGCAAGUUCAUCCUUUGACAGUCUGUUGGGAUGAAUCAGGCUGUACAUUCAUCACAGACGGGUCAUCCGACCGUCGAGAGCGUCCUGUCAUGAACUUUCUCGCAGCGGGGGAAAAGGGUGCAGUUCUGGUGGCCACAGUGUCAAUAACGGCAAGGACGAAAACAGCGCAGACGUUGGUAAACCUUUUGCUGCGAGACAUCAGCAAGCUGGACUGGGUGAAGGGCACUGUCAAGAGAGGCCACACGAUUGUGAAGUUCAUCCGGAACCACCACUCCACGAACAGUCUGAUGAUGUCCAUGGACGAUUUCCUCACAUUGCUUCGUCCCACGGAAGUUCGCUUCGAGUCCGUGUACAUAAUGUUGAAGAGGCUUCUGAUCCAGAAGGCAGUGUUGUUGGAUAUGGUGGAUCGGAGAAAUGCAGCACGGUGGACGGGGAUCCGUUGGUCCACAGCAAAGUUGAAGUCGAAAGCGGACCUGGUUUACUUCACCCUGAGGAGAGACGGCUGGUGGACAGAGUUGAAGAAGGUGGUCGAUGUCAUGGAACCAUUGUACAACCUUCUCAGGAGGAUGGAUCGAGAUGGAACAUCACCGACAAACCUUGUCGAAUACGACAACCUGAUUGAAAGGAAACUGGGUCACGUGAGACAGGUUGGGGGUCCUUGGAAAGGGUCAGACCACCUUGAAGUUUUGGGUGACCUGCACGAGUUUCACAAGGAGCCCACGCCGAACGGGCCGACAAGAAAGAACAAGAAGAUGUGGGAGCCCUAUGCGAGGGUUGAUUGGGAGAGGCUCACACCGUCAGAGUGGUGGGCGACUCAUGGUGGCGGUGUCCCCGACUUGCAGGCCAUUGCCAUCAAUGUGAUGGGCAUGUGGAGCACGGCGACCCCGACUGAGAGGAAUUGGUCGUCCAUGGACUUCGUGCAUUCGAAAAGGAGGAACAGUUUAAAGGCCGAAACAUUGGAGAAGCUGGUGUACAUCCAUUGGAACAUGCAACUGCUGCGUGCUGCCAACAACAGCGGCGGCAACGACGAGGGCUACGUCGAUUUGUGGAGCUCCUUCUUUGAGGCCAUUUCGGAGCCAGACGAGAACAAUGGAUCUGUCUUGAGGUUCCCUGAGGACGAAUCUGAGAAGACGGAUGAGGAGGUGGUGCGGCAAAGCAGCUUUAUCAAGACACCAAAGGGAAGGAUUCCAAAGAAGCUUGAGGACGAAGAGGAUGAGUGCACCGACGACAGUCGUCGAAGGGAGAGGCAACCCACGGUCUUCCCACAGGCCCGGGGGGAAAGCUCCUCCCAAUACCAUCCUGAGUCUGACGUCGAGUUCCAUCACAUGGACACGGAUAUCGAGUUGCUGCUGCAAAGUGGUCCGGUUGAUGAAGAUGAGGCGGAGACCGACCUUGCAAGGGCACUGGCAGAUCGCGAUAGAGAUGCUGUCCCAAAACGGAUCAGGGAAGAGGAAGCCCGACGCGCAACAAUCCCAACACCGAGGGAGAUUGAGAGACGCAAGAAGAAGGUUGGGGAGAAGGAAGCGGAGACACGUCGGCCAUUGGACGUUGUGCAAGAGCGAGAUGAGGAAGAGCAUCAGCAAAGUGGACCGGUUUUAAAGGUGGCGGAUCAGCAAGUGGCAGAGCACCGCAAAGAGGCGGAGGAGAAGGACCAGCAAGAAGACAACGACGACAUGGACCACCUACAAGAGGCGGAGAAAGAGCACGAAGAAGAGGACGAGGAGAUGAAACAUGAAGAGGACAAGGAGGGGAUGGAGAGUCGAGGAUUGGAGGAGGCUAUGGAACCGCAAGAAGACACGGUGGACAUGAAUCAACACGACAUGCAGCACAAUGUGGAUGACGAGGACGGCGGAGAAGAGCACCAGCCUGCUAAUAAAGACUGUGUACACUCGUAGGCAACGACCGGAGAAAUCUGCACAGUCUGUCGAGAACUCACCCGACUUCCCUCCAAGCAAUGAGGCUGUCCAACAUGACAACCUGUGGGUGAGCAGGGUGGGGAGGAAGAGGAAGGAACCGGUGGAGGAUGAUGCUGCGAAGCCUAAGCGUGCUCGUGGCAGGCCCCGCAAGCUGAAGACCGCCGAACCCGGUUCAAAAAAAAUAAAAUAAAAUAAAAAUC